AUGCAGCGCAAGAUUCGAGGUAGGUGUUCCCUAUUUGAGGGGGUUCAUGAAGCAACCCAUCUUUCAUUCAACGUUAUGAGCCCAAGUACCGACGAGAAUGGCGACGAGGCGGCCUCCGCGACACAUUUCCCCCACCCCGCCACGUCUAUCCCACCACCGUCCAUCGACUUUGAUUUCCGGGUUUCUAUUCGUUUUGAUGAUGAGCUCGUGAGAGCCGCCGCUGUUGGUAGCUCGAAUCCUGUAGAGUUGACCAGGGCUAUCGGGGGCUCAUGGUCCGGCUCGUUUGGCUCAGGGGUUGUUGUCGCCGGUGGGUAUUAUCUGGACAAGGCGGUCCCUAAUACAGGAGGAACGCAAAGGAUGAAUGGAGCCUUCAGGCUCCAGAGAGGUGAUGAUGACAGCGCGGUUCAAUGCGAGAUGAGGGUCAGAGGGUCAUGGACCGGACCGUCAGAUACUUUGGACACAUUGGUGCCAUCCGAGAACAAAAUCAAGGCGGGCCCGAGACGGUACUCUUACCGUAUGUUCAUCAGCAUGACAGCAACAGAAGAAAAGUUGGCUGAGACUGUAAAUGCGGCGCUCUGGGUCGGAAGCGGCAUAUGGUAUCAGAAUGAACUUGUUAUUGAGUGCAUAUCGGGUUGUGUAAAGGACAUGGCCAAUAGGAAACCCGCAGUAGGGCAGAAGGAAGCCCUAUGCAAGCUGGAGUUGACUCAGCUAUCAGGGCUCAGAAUCAUGAUUACUGCUAAGGGUAGCGACGGAAAGCCUUUCAUUUGUUCAAUUUCGACCGCUGACCUCCUAGAGAUGUCCGGUUUUGUACAGAGCUCAUGCCCGCGCAGGGAACUUGAAAUGCAAAGCCUGACGAGUGCUUCAUCAUUCAAGAGUUUGACACCUUGA